AAGAACCAAAAAAGUGUUAAGCAAUUGUCGUUGACUUGACCUUGUUGGUUUCUUCCUACUAAUAAACAUGAAAAUUCCACGUUGAUCACCUUCCUCUUACAUUUAUAUAGUUGUUAGUUCAACAAGGAGAGAAGCUACUUCAUUCUACAUCAUUAGCGUGAGAUAUUCACCUGUUGUUAAUUUCUCUCUCACAAUUCACUUGCAAUUCUAGUCGAAGAAACAAUGCAUCUAGAGUUCGAUACUUUUACAGCUUUGGUUGUAAUUUUGUGUUUCCUUGGAUUGAUUCUGAGAGAGAGAAUAAUGGGAGGUAAUAGUUCAAAGGGAUCUCAGACGAGCCAUGUUUCAUCAUCAACAUCAUCAUAUGGUUCUUCAUCUUCAUGGGAUAAUAGUAACUAUGGAUACCCACAGCCACAAUCAACAUAUCCAUAUCCACAACAAAAUCCAUAUCAAAGGUCACUUCACCCCAGAACACAAGCUCCUUUGCACGAUUAUUCGCGGCCAAAUAGGAAGUUAGAUAGGAGAUAUUCUAGGAUUGCUGAUGAUUAUCAUUCUCUAGAUGAGGUUACUGCUGCUCUUUCACAUGCUGGCCUAGAAUCUUCUAAUCUCAUUGUUGGCAUUGAUUUCACUAAGAGCAAUGAAUGGACAGGGAAGAGGUCAUUCAAUCGAAAAAGUUUACAUCACAUUGGAAUUGGUCAAAAUCCUUAUGAACAAGCAAUCGCGAUCAUCGGGAAAACGUUAUCUGCUUUUGAUGAGGAUAACAUGAUUCCUUGUUUUGGAUUUGGAGAUGCAUCAACACAUGAUCAAGACGUCUUCAGUUUCCAUUCAGAUGAGAGGUGUUGCAAUGGAUUUGAAGAAGUUUUGUCAACAUAUAGAGAGAUUGUUCCAUGCCUCCGACUUGCAGGACCUACCUCAUUUGCCCCUAUUAUUGAGAUGGCAAUGACUAUUGUUGAGAAAAGUGGUGGCCAAUAUCAUGUAUUGCUAAUAAUUGCUGAUGGACAGGUGACAAGAAGUGUUGACACACAGCAUGGAAAGCUAAGUUCACAGGAAAAGAAGACAAUUGAUGCAAUAGUAAAAGCCAGGUAUGUUGUGUAUUUUCUCUCCUCUAAUACGCUAUCCUCGAUUCUUAUGCACUCGUUAAAUUCCAGCGAGUAUCCACUGUCGAUAGUUUUGGUUGGAGUUGGAGAUGGACCAUGGGAUAUGAUGAGGGAAUUUGACGAUAACAUUCCAGCUCGAGCCUUUGACAAUUUUCAGUUUGUGAAUUUUACCGAAAUAAUGUCGAAGAAUGUGGAUUCGAACAGAAAAGAGACAGAGUUUGCUCUAGCAGCUUUGAUGGAGAUACCUUCUCAAUAUAAAGCAACCAUAGAUCACAGCCUAUUAGGUACACAAAGGGGAUAUUCACCAGAAAGGGUUUCUUUACCUCCACCUCAAUAUGAUAGAGCUUCUUCUAGUAAUGGCGCAGCAGCUUUUCAUUCAAGCAGUUUUCAGGAGAUUACACAUACAUAUACGAGCCACGGCAAUGAAAUUAACACAGAACUGUCUUCUGAGGGUUUAUAUGACAAUAAGGUUUGUCCAAUUUGUCUUACUAAUAGGAAGGAUAUGGCCUUUGGUUGCGGGCAUCAGACUUGUUGUAACUGUGGAGAAAGCCUUGAACUCUGCCCUAUUUGUCGGAGCACAAUCGAUAUGAGAGUAAAGCUCUAUUAAGCUUCCACCCUACUAUCAACUGCAAUUGCAUGCAUAGCAAGAACAAGGUUCGGUCACAUAAGUUUGAUAAGGUCAAAAGGAGCAAAGAUAUGACUUAUGUCAGGUUAGGAAGAUUUGUAAUGAAUAGGGGUUGAUUGCCUCAAUGUAUAUAUAAAGUAUGUGUUGUGUGUCAUGAAGUUUUGAUGUAAUCGAUUCAAAUUAAAUUGAUUUCUAAAAUCAAGUUCAUCCAA